GUAAACAGGGUGGUGAAUUUCAAAGGUUCUCUUUGAGUGAUUUCUGUCGUCAUUAGGAAAUGAAAAUUGUCGUAAAUUGAAGAUAAAUAAAAUGGAUGGAGUCUCAGAACAGGAGGAGAAGGUGCUGGAUACGUCAAUUCUAAAGGAGGAGUACACAAUUCAAACGCCAAGAGUGCCAGAAGUUAUAUACAGUGGGGCCAUACAAUCCUCUCUUCCUGGAAAGUCCCUCCUAAAUCAAAUUAAGCACAAAUGCUCAGUGUGUGGAGUUCAGUUCCUUAACAUUUCCCAACUGAGUAUCCAUCAGAAGACGCACUCCAGCCUAGGAGCUCUGGGAGACUUUAACUGCUCAGAAUGUCUGAGAACUUUUCGCUUCCAGCAGAGUCUCGAUGAGCACAAGCUUCGUGUUCACUCCAAUAAGGCUCCAUUGCCUUACAAAGCUUCUGUAGCCUCUGCAGGAGCUUCUAGGAGUGUUCAGCAGAAGUCAGAGCAGCCCACAGUUGUCAGCAAGGCAACGACAAUGAAGCAACAGGCAGCAAGAAAGACGAGCGGAGGCGUAGCAGAAGUCGCGACGAAAGUCUUCGAAUGCGAUAAAUGUGAGAAGAAAUUCAAGAGCAAGUCGGGAAUAAAAUGGCACAUCCGUCUAAUCCAUGAAGGGAUAAAACAAAUAUUCAAAAUGGACAGGAAUAACAUAUAUAAAUCCUUCCAAUGCAACCUGUGUAACAAAAAAUACAUACGUGAAGAAAAUCUCCUGGUGCACAUGGACACGCACAAAGGCAAGGCAUUUGAUUGUCCGAAAUGCUUUAAAAAAUUUCCAAAUAAGUGCCUACUUCAACAACAUUUGCACGUGCAUACAGAUGAUCUCUCAUGCAGUAGGUGCAUGAAUACUUUUCCGAGCAUCAUGUAUUUAUUUCGUCAUGCGGUGAAUCAACAGAAAUUCAUUCCUCCAUGUGAACGAUGUGAACCAAAUGAGGAAAAUCUUACGUGUUGCGGGAGAGAGUUUGGUGAUCUUGAGAAAUUGCAGAGGCACGUGAAGUUAAGGGAAAGAAUAAAGUGCAGCCUGUGCUGCGAAGUAAUUUACAAAAAUCAGAGAAAUAAGCACAUUCGUGAUAUUCAUCAAAUUGCAAUAGCUCCAAAAACUGGUUUUCUGCCACAAAUAUCAGUCCAAUGCAAACAAUGCGAGAAGACGUUCUUCAAGAAGAAUCGCUAUGAUACGCAUUCUUGUUUCCGGAAUCCGUACAAGCGUCUACUCAAGUAUGAGCCACUCGAGAGAGUUGAGGAGGAAAAGAGUGAAGAAUCCAAAGAAAUGAAGGAAGACGUUGAAGGAGCCGAAAUAAUUGCUAUUCCAGAUGAAGAGAUCUUGACAAAGCCCGUUCCAAUGGAAAGACCUUUUGAGUGUGAAAUCUGUGGGCUUAAAUUUGCUACGAAGCGCUCAGUUUCGCAGCAUAUAACCUUCACCCACAUACGUCUUCAUCCAUAUAGAGUCCUUGCAAAAGACGACGAUGGACUCUUUCAGUGUACCGUAUGCAAAGAGAAGGUCCCUUUUGCUUCCCUACGUAAGCAUUUGCAGGAAGAGGGAAUGGACUUAUGGCCUUGUAAGGUCUGCGGGAGCCUCUUUAGACUACUCCGUGACUUGAAGCAGCACAAACGGCUGCAUAAGACUCUAAAGACUUCCCAAUCAAUAGAAAUGCUAAAGUGUCCUCAUUGCCCAAAAACAUUUCCAGACAAAGAACUCUUCAGACUUCAUAAACACCGGUAUAAGUAUGAAGAGUGCAAGAUUUGUGGGAGAAAGGUUGUUUGCCUAAAGAAUCACAUGAAGCGACAUAGUUUGAAGCAUUUAGAAUGUGAAAAAUGUGGGAAAGUCCUUAAGGGCAGAGAAGCCUUAAAGCGACAUAUUGGCAUCAUUCACUUUGGCAUGCAAAACACCGACUUUUUUUAUGGAAAAUAUGUUUGUAGCAUUUGCAACAAGAUCUUUGACACUAUGCAAGUCUAUGAUAUGCAUUUAGCAUCACACAAGGCUCCUAAAAGUCUAGCCUGCCAGCAAUGCAACAGAGUAUUCAAAAAUAAAAUGGCUCUGCAUAUUCACCAGAAGAAGGUACACAUAAAAGAAAAGGACAAAAUGUACAAAAAAAAGAAAAUAUCCUUGGAAGAAUGGAAGGAACUCUAUAACCUGGCAGAGAAGCUAAAAGCAGACGAAUCAGGAGUCACAGAUCAGAGCAAAAGUGAUAAGGUGGAAGACUCCAAAACAGAAAUAAUCGACUUGACGACUGAUACAGUCAAAAUUGAGAUAAGUGAUGAAGAAUGAUGAAAAAGUAGGAGCAAAGGAGGAAUUUUGUAAUUGAUUAAGCUGAUUAAAGAUGAAAGAUUUAUUAAAGUUACUUUGAAUAAACUGAA